CAGAGCGCUCUCGUCAGUCGCCUAUUGACUUUGAAUAGUUAACAGUUAGCAGCGUAGAUAGAUAGAGAGAAAAAAAGGCAAGAAAGAAAAUAGAGGAAGAAAGAAAUACAAGCCAGUCUUUGUUCUGACAACAUCGAGAAAAAGUUAAAUGAUCCGGAAUCUGUCACUGCUUUUCCACCUUCACAUGAUGGAUGCAUAGUGUAUAUAAGCAUCUGGAUAUCACCAUAUUCCUCUGUCUUCUCUGCAAUUGUCUAACGUAUAUUGUUUGGUGAAAGCAAGAGUCCUUGGAGAUGCAGACAUAAAAGAAAAACAUCUGACGUUAAAUGGUUUCAUACAACAUCUUACUUGUUUUUUUUUGUUUGUUUUUUUUUACCAUGGGACUCCAGAAAUUAAAUUAGUAUAAAACAAUGACGCAUUUCAAUUUUAGAAUUAAAAUCAUUAAGAGAAUUCAUAACAUUAUUUUCCAGUGAUUAUACCUAUAGGAUUUAUUUUGUGGUAUGUAUAGUUUCAUGAUACAAGUACCGUUCGUGAAUGGCGAAAUGCAAUCUAAUAGAGUCUGCCUACUGGUUGAUUAAAUGCCUAAUAAAAAACGAAUCAAUUAUUGCUUUAACAUUAUCGUGGCUGCCAAAGGGAAAAAGCCAACAAGAGAUAAAUAUUUGAGUUUGAAACGAACAGGAUAUACGUUAUAUUACGCGUAUAAUGAUGACUAUAGGUCGAAGGGAGUUUUUUUAUUUUCUCCACAGUAGCUGUUCGCAGCAACUAUGGGGAUCCAUUGACAAAACGCGCAACGACAAAGGACAUGUUUGGAGAGCUAAAUGUUCCGAACAAGCUUUAUUUUGUUAAUAUUUUCCUUUGAGCGUAUCAGUUGUAAUCCCACGUUUACUACAAGCAUUGAUUUCAAGGGAAACAAUAAAUCACACGGUUUGCAGCACACGUAAAAGAUUCUGUUGUUACAAAGAAAAAAUUUGACAUUCAAGUGGGCGUGGAAUGGAUUUGAUGACUGAAGAAUACGCCAUGUGCGCUGCAAGCUGAGGCUUGAAUAGAGCAUGUAUACAUGUAGGGGACUUUGCGUUGGGAAAUGGCUUUCACACAUCCCAAGAAGGUGUAUAAUAUAUAAUGAGAAGAAGGAAAUAAAAAUAUAUGGAGACCUUUUUAAAGUACAACCCACAAAGCUAUCGUUUGGCUUUGUAUAUAGCUUUCAAAUGGGCAACUGGCGCUUGUGUAUAUACACCUAUAUAUAUACCUGCUCCCUUUUGGGAAGGGCCAUCAGAAUAAAAAUGGAGGAAAUCGUGUCAAUUGAAAAGGGCUGACAAGGUAACAACGAAGCCGGGAGGGCUGAAAGCGGCAAGUCUUUGGCGCUUUGCAGCUGAUUUGGCAGUUUGACUUUGUCCAUUUUGGAGCUGCUUGUCAUCAUCUUUUCAAGGUAUCACCUUUUGCCCCGUGUGUACUCUCUGAUGUGAAUUAUUGUUCCUUUAUUCAGGCAAAGCAAAUAAGGCACUACAUCCUGCAUGUUCUGUGUAUGAAAGUAACCAACUGGAAAAUUGCCAUUUGGAGUCUUUUGUUUUAUUCUUAUAUUUGCUACAGCGAAUGUGGCGUUCUUUCUUUGUAUAGUCUUUAUGAUUUUUCUUUGGCUUACCAAAUGGGCAGCUCGUUCCAGAAAAACCUAUAGGCAACACGCAACUUAGAACAUAUACUCAGUUCCAGUUUAUCCUUGAUAUUUUUUUUUUUUUUAGAUUGGCAGAAACGAUUGAUUGCCAAUGUAGAUUGAUGCAGCUAUCAAUCGCCAUCCACCGUAUUAAUAUUUUAUUUGUUGGUGGUGUUGAGGGGUGAUGAUCGCAGGGACGCCUACUGAUCGGUAAUUCUGCCGUGCAGAAAGGGGAGGGCAAGAGGGUGGUUAUAUCGUCAUAAAUCAUGAGCAGCAAUGAGCCGUGGCAAAGGAUCCAAUCGGAAGAGAGUCACGUGACUUGUUGGGCGGAUUUUCUCCGGCCACCAUCCAACCCUCUUUCUGCUUUCGUCUUUCCCUCUCCCUUUUUUUUCUCUUCUUCUUCUUGUAGAGAGAAGCAAAAGGAGGAGUGGCGCGUGAAGAGAUCUGUAGGGGUAUAAUCGCUCUUCAACACGAUCCAGCGCUUAACACACACACACACACACAAAGCCGAAACAGUAUCGGAUAUUGCCGACAGAAAAGUGAGCGACAAAUCUCUGACAUUUAGUCAGUCAUCAGGCGUCUAGUCCGCUGGAUGAACUUGUCCUAUCGGCACUCAGCGAUUAAGUUGAUGUUUUAAAAUUUCUUGUAGGCGAUUAAAACAAUUUAGAGUGAUUGCCGAGUUCGUUAUGGAAUCAUCGAGAUUUCCGCCUGGUAGUAAUUUCCAGAGUUGGUUGAAUCCUCUCGAUCCAACAGUGAUGUUGGCUGCCGCUGCUGCCGGAUCGGUGCGUGCCCCUCCGUCAAUGGGCCUGUCGGAUUCAGUUUCUUCUUCCACGUCGUCCAUUUCCGACUCGUCAGCCAACCGAUUUGCACCUUUGGUCUAUCAGCAUUUCUUUCACCAUUUGCCACCCAUCCGAAAUCAGCAACAUUUCGAUCUACUGACGUAUCACGCCGCUGCCCUCCACCAGCACUUGGCCGUGGCUGCUGCAGCCGCUUCCAACCGCACAUUUCAGCAAUGUCAACAGUUGCCCCCAUUGGUCACGAAUUCAAUGCCCUUUGCAGGAGUUUCCGCUACCGGACUUCCGACUGCGGACGAAGAGAGAUCCGCUAAAAAAUCGGCUUGUAUCGGUUACAGCGUGGCUGAUCUUUUGUCGGAUCAUCAACGACCAAACAGUUGCGAUCGCAUCAAUAACACAUCCCCCGAGCGUUCAGAAAGUGAGCUUGGAUAUCUUGUCCGAAGGUAAUAGCAGUACGGAAGAAGACCUUUUCCAAGAGAAAAAUCAACACAUAUAUCCGGCCAACAAUUCACUCGGUUGCGGAGAGGGUCCCGACCGAGAAGUCGAUUCGUUCGGCACAGCAGGAUCAGCAGUGGCUGUUACGUCAUCAGACAGUUCCAUUGAUGCAACUCUCUUUCUAAC